GGCUGUGGGGCCUCCAGCAAACGUCGUCUAAUCCACGCCUGUGCCGCUAUCUCGGGGCCCAGGACACCGCAGUCACUUGGUGGGGUCAGUAGGGAGCGGAGGGAGCGAAGGAAGAAAGGGGCUGUAGAGCUCCGUGCAGUGACACAGUGUCUGAGGACAGCUGGCUGUGGUCAGCCGGGUGGGGACAGUGGACAAGCAGCGUGCAGGACGGCAGCGGUCAGGAGACCAGCGGCCUCCAAAGGAGAGAGACACCGUGAGGGCCGGGCAUUGAGAAGCAGCUGAAGGCACCGAGGCGACCCCCGAGAAAGGACUCCAGGCGCGGCUCCUGACUGGGCUGCUGGGGACGGGCGGAGCUGCACCUGCCCCAUCAGGACGCCCUGGGAGUUGCUGGGCCAUGGAGAAAGCACUGGAACAGGUGAACACCGAGCCCCUCACUAUGUCUGACGGAGACUACGAUUACCUCAUCAAGUUCUUAGCCCUGGGUGACUCCGGAGUAGGGAAGACCAGUGUUCUAUACCAGUACACGGAUGGUAAAUUUAAUUCCAAAUUUAUCACCACGGUGGGCAUCGACUUCAGGGAAAAGAGACUGGUGUACCGAGCCAGCGGGCUGGACGGAGCCCCGGGCCGUGGCCAGAGGAUCCACCUGCAGCUAUGGGACACAGCCGGCCAGGAGAGGUUCCGCAGCCUAACCACCGCGUUCUUCAGGGAUGCAAUGGGCUUUCUUCUGCUCUUCGACCUGACCAACGAGCAGAGCUUCCUGAACGUCCGAAAUUGGAUCACCCAGCUGCAGAUGCACGCCUACUGUGACAACCCAGACGUCGUGCUGUGUGGGAACAAGAGCGACCUGGAGGACCAGCGCGUGGUGAAGGAGGAGGAGGCCCGGGCCCUGGCCGAGAAAUAUGGCCUUCCCUACUUUGAGACGAGUGCUGCCAACGGGACGAACAUCGGCCCUGCGGUCGAGGCGCUGCUGGACCUGAUCAUGAAGCGGAUGGAGCGCUGCGUGGACAAAUCCUGGGUCCCUGAGGGCGUCGUGCGCUCCAAUGGCCUUGGCUCUGCCGACCGCCCCGGCGAGGAGAGGAAGGCUGGGUGCAGCUGCUGAACCCCGCAGGGAUACUGGCAGCCUGUCCGAGCAAGCCGCAUCGCUAAUCAUCCGCUCUUAAACUAUUGCAGCUUUGUAAAUAUUUCGUGAAGAUUCAGCAGAGAAGUAUCUCCCAGGGCCACCGUGCCUUAUGAACCUCAGCCCUGGGAGGCCAGGCAGGGACUCGGGUUGGCAGCGGGUCUCUGUCCCAGGGACGCAGGCUGACCGGGCUCCCUGUGAGGGCUUCAGCGAUCACAGUCCCGACCCAGGUGUACGCUGGCCCCGCGGUGACCGGAACGUGCGCGGCAUUGCCCAAGCCCUUAGCCCUGGCUGGGCCCCAGGAGCUGGGCUGGCUGUGCCUGUGGGCUCGCUGCACCUGCCUGGCUUGGGCAGAGGGUCAGGGUUGGGGCAGGGGUGGCUCGAUGUCCUCUUGGCCUCUCUGUUGUGUUCCUGGCUCGGAGGGGCCAACCCGAGGGUUGGAGUCCACUGCCCGCUAUGUCCGAGCAGAGCAGGGGCCGGCGCCGCAUUGGGUUGGUCACCACUCGCUUUCUUUUCUUCACUUUCCCUGUGCUGGCCUGGUGCCCUCACCUCACGCCGUGUUGGCCUUUACAGCUUGUCUGAUUUUUCCGCUGGAGCAACAGAAGGACUUUGUGUUCACGAUGGAAGUGUGUCUGCUGAGUGUGGAGCGCAGGCGCUUUACAGGCGCUGAGCGGCCACGCUGCCCUUGCGCUCAGGCAGAAGGCCGGCCGCAGCCUGUGGGCUCACUGUGCCGCCGAGUCGGUCCUCUCCACACCAAGUAAAGGGGGAUUUAAAAUGUGCUUCAGGAGAGCUAUUUAAGUCCAAAGGUAUUUCAUUUCUUAUUUAUUAAAAUGGUUUAAAUAAAGUAGAUUAAAAUUUCUAGAGAGCGUUAGUGGUUAUUUAGGAAAAAAUGUCUCUCACUAAUGUAGUGAAACAUAAAAAUGUGUCUCUUAUGACAGCAGAUGUUUAGAAGAACAGCGAUUAGAAAAAUAAAGUAUCCACACCUGUGUGGCUUGGCGACUUGCACAUGGCUUUUUACUGAGCUCCUAUGGGGUUUUGGUCACUGCCUCUGCCACUCCCAUGACAAACUCAGCUGUGGAUACUAAGAUUUUAUAUUUUCCUACCUUCAAAAUCAGAGCCUCUCUUAAAUACCAAGGAAGCCACUGAGCCUAUGCAUUUGAGUUGUCUUGUGGCGAGGAAAGACUUCUGUAAGUCAAGGCCACAGUCACACACAGUGCCUCCUCACUGUGCCUGGAGACGUGCGCAGAGUGCGUCCCAAGGCUGCCGCCAUCUGUGCAGUCAGGAGAGUGCACACUUGUUUUCUAGAGCCAGGAGAUGGCCGCACACCCCACUGGCCUUAAACGCAGGGUGUGAUGAAUGUGUAUGGGUCACGGCACCCAAGCCACCCGGAGUUAUGGAAAUAAAUACCCGGUAUUUUCUUUGAAAAGCAUUUGUUUCAAUUUGACAUCAGAGUGCCCUAUUUUUGUCAGUGUAUUUUUCUACUUACAAGCUGGUGUAAGUGUGUCACGAGUGACCUUGGUGCCAAUAAAGCUAUGAUUUAAAAGGUGAUCCUGCCUGACACAUUUUAGUG